ACGACCGCACACUACCUCACUGUCUAGUGUCAACCAGUGCAUCUCCGGUCGUCUGUUCGUGGAACCGAUAAGCACAGAAUCCGAAGAGAGCGGCGGGUGGUUGGCAGAUGGCUGCGGCGGAGCCGUCGGGAUCGAGCCAGCCGGGUGCUCCAGGAAGGUGGUCUCUUCACGGCAAGACGGCUCUCGUCACCGGCGGCACCCGCGGGAUCGGGCGUGCGGUGGUGGAGGAACUUGCGGCGCUGGGGGCGGCCGUGCACACCUGCUCCCGGAAGGAGGCGGAGCUGGGCGAGCGCCUCAAGGAGUGGGAGGCCAGGGGCUUCCGCGUCACAACCUCCGUCUGCGACCUCUCCGUCCGGGAGCAGCGGGAGCGCCUGAUUGGCGACGUCGCCGAACGCUUCGGCGGCAAGCUCAACAUCCUCGUAAACAAUGUGGGGACAAACAUAAGGAAGCCAACUACUGAAUUUUCCGCUGAAGAUUACUCUUUUUUGAUGGCCACUAAUCUUGAAUCUGCAUAUCAUCUUUGCCAACUUGCACAUCCUCUUCUAAAAGCAUCUGGUUUGGGCAGCAUUGUUUUCAUAUCAUCUGUCUGUGGAUUAGUAGCCGUAUUUAGCGGUACUCUAUAUGCCAUGACUAAAGGUGCCAUCAACCAGUUAACCAAGAACCUAGCAUGUGAAUGGGCAAAAGAUGGCAUAAGAACAAACUCUGUUGCUCCAUGGUACAUAACGACUUCGCUUACAGAAGGACUUUUGGCUAACAAGGAAUUUGAGGCCUCCGUUGUGAGUCGAACUCCACUGGGGCGUGUCGGAGAACCAGGAGAGGUAUCAUCGCUGGUUGCUUUUCUUUGCAUGCCUGGUUCCACUUACAUAACAGGCCAGACGAUCUCAGUGGAUGGAGGUAUGAGUGUCAAUGGGUUCUAUCCAGCUUGAAGACUACCAAGGAAGAGGCCAUAUUUCGCUUUGUUGCCCAGGAGUCCAGUUAUAUCUUGUGUUGUUGGCAACCAAAAUAAAUAUUCCUGUAAAACUGAGGUCAUCUUGAAUCUAGACUCCAUGAGUAUUCGCCAUUGUUCAGAUCAGCCAUGUGAAGAAAGUUGUGGUCAGAAUUGUGUGAUUAUUUUGCAACUUGGUGAACUCUUUUCGGAUUAAGAAUUGCCUUGCUGUUA